UACAGUGACAAAAAUAAAUAAAAUGUCAUCUCGUCACGACGUCAAUAAACAUAAGGAUAAUAUUAAAAGCCAUUCUUUAGACCGUAACAAUGAUUAUAAAACUUCAAGUAGGAGUAGAAGAUCAAGAUCCCACUCUCCAACGGAAUCCAGACAUAAAUCGUCUUCCAGAGACAAGAAGAAACAUAAAGAGCACAAAGAGAAACAUAAGAAGAGUAAGAAAAAAAAGAGAAAACAAUCAUCUUCGAGUAGUAGUUCAACAGAUAGUGAUGAAGAGGAGUUGAAAUUACUGCAAAGACUCGAAGCGGAGAGAUUGCGCUUAAAAGAUGAGAAAAAAAAGGAAAAGGAGUUGCUUAAAGCCAAUGAGACACCGGAAGAAAAGAGAGCUCGACGGCUCAAAGAGAAACAAGAAAAGGAGCGACGUCGCCGCGAACGGAUGGGUUGGGACAACGAGUACCAGUGUUAUACAAAUCAGGACAAUCCGUUCGGGGACUCUGCACUCACCAACACCUUCGUGUGGAACAAGAAGCUCGCCAAAGAAGGUGUGAAGACAGUAUCGAGAGAUGAACUGGAGGCUUUGAAUAGACAGAAGCAGAUGGAAAACAAAAUAGAACUUGAGAAGGUGAAGCAGCGGCGACUGGAGCGCGAGGCGGAGCGAGCGGCGCGGGAGGCCGAAGCGGCGGCCGGGGCGCGCGCCCGGGAGGCCGCACAGUUCAGCAGCUGGGCGCGGCAGGAGGACGCCUUCCACCUGCACCAGGCGCGGCUGCGGUCGCAGAUACGCAUCCGCGACGGCAGAGCUAAACCUAUAGAUCUGCUAGCGUGGUAUGUUAGCUCCGAGGAGUGUGUGGACGCGUUGGAAAUGCACGAGCCAUACACAUACCUCAAUGGGUUACAAACACAGGACCUCGAAGAUCUUCUGGAAGAUAUAAAAGUGUACAAGGAACUGGAGCAGCAGGCGAACCAGGCGUACUGGGAGGACGUGCAGACGAUCGUGGUCGACGAGCUGGGGAAGCUGCGGCGGCUGGCUGCGCCUGACGCGCGUCGUGACGGUGUGCACCAGGCCGUCGCUGACGACGUCACGCAGAUCUUCAAGGGCAAGACCGGUAGCCAGCUGGAGGCGCUGCAGACACAGAUAGAACAGAAGAUCAGCGGACGGCACGACGGAGUCGACAUCGGAUACUGGGAGAGCUUACUCAGCCAGCUCAAGGCGCACAUGUCCCGCGCACGACUGCGGGACCGCCACCAGCACAACCUGCGCCGCAAGCUCCACCUCCUCAAGCAGGAGCAGGGCGUCCGGCCUCCGCCCUCGCCGCCCUCGCCGCCCUCGCCCCCCGCACGGUCAGGAUCUCCGGAGCGCGAGCGCCCAGUGAAAUCCGAGGCCGUAGCGAAGGCGGAGGCCGAGGACGAGGCCGGGUCCUCGGAGGAGGCGGAGGAGGCGGCCGGGCCCUCGAAGGAAGCGGCCUCGGAGACCUCCGAGGCGGAGGCGGCGGAGGCGUGGUACUCGGCCGGGCGGUACUCCCCGGCGCUGCUGUGUGCGGCGUCGCUGGAGCCCGGCACCAUGCUCACCGAGCCCGCAGACGACCUGCAGCGCCUCGCCUACCUCCGCGCCGCGCUCGCACCGCAACAGCGCGCGGAGGCCCCGGACUCCCGGUCGCUGGAGCAGCAGGCGGCGCGCGCCAUGUCCGCGGGCGGAGCCCCCGCGCCCGGGGACCACGCCGCCGCCUUCAGUGUGGAGCACCCGCUGCCCGAGCAGCCCUGCCUGUGGGCCGACAAGUACCGCCCGCGCAAGCCGCGCUACUUCAACAGAGUGCAUACAGGGUUUGAGUGGAACAAAUACAACCAGACCCACUACGACAUGGACAACCCCCCGCCCAAGAUCGUGCAGGGCUACAAGUUCAACAUCUUCUAUCCGGACCUCAUUGACAAGAAUGCCACCCCUGAGUUCUCACUGAAACCGUGCCCCGAGAAUGCAGACUUUGCGGUACUCCGGUUUCACGCCGGGCCUCCAUAUGAAGACAUUGCCUUUAAAAUUGUGAACCGAGAGUGGGAGUACUCGUACAAGCGAGGGUUUAGAUGUCACUUCCACAAUAACAUUUUCCAACUGUGGUUCCAUUUCAAGAGAUACCGAUACCGUCGCUGAAUGUUUCAUAUAGAACCAAUAAACAUGUGUCAGAAUA